UCGUUUUUAUUUUGUAUUAAUUAUUAUGCUAAAAAUAUUAAAGAGUAUUUUAAACGAAACUUGAAAUAGAAUAUAACGGAGAAUGACAACAAAAGUGUUUGCACAUAAAUUAAAUACAUGCCGAUAUUAUUUUUUCAUCAUAACAUUAGUGCUGAUACUGACUACAUUUGGAAUAAAUAACUUAGAGACUAAACAUGGUAAAAUACAAGCACCUAGUUACUAUAGCAGCGGUGGAAUAUUCGAAAAUCUCCGACAUGUUGGACUUUUGAAUGAUUCAUACAUGAGGCAAACGCAGGACAAAGAUACACUUAUGUUGGCCAGGAAAGACUUAAUGAAAAGAGUUUGUUCCGCACUGCACGAAAAACCAUUGGUUGAUCCAGCGCUUAUACGUCUUUAUCGCAACGAAUAUCUUCAAAAUUUACUUGUCAAUUUACAGCAGAAACUCUUAUAUUGUUAUCUGCCAAAAGACUCAAAAAUUCAAAUCUGGUUGAACGAUGCGGAACAAGCUGAUGAAAAUAAUAAAGAUAUGGUUGAUGAGAACGACGAUUUGGAAAACAAUAACAACAAAUUCUUCUAUCUGAAAAACGUGAAGGACAACCUAGUUGAAGAAAUAGUGUGGAAUUAUAAAAAGAUUAUAAUAGUGAGACAUCCACUUGUUAGACUACUUUCUACCUAUCUUACUAAAUUUGAUAAUCGAUCUCUUGAAUCAGAACGGCAAAUUUUUUACAGCAAAGUUUUAAAAUUUUAUUCCGAUAAUCCACAAAUCAAAAGAGAAUUUUCAGAAUCUUUAGUCUAUGCAUCCAAGUCCCUUUCAUUUGAGAACUUCCUGACAUACUGGACGGACACCUUUGAUAUAAAGUCGUAUGUCACUGAGCAUUUCGUGCCGUAUUUCUAUCUGUGUAAUCCAUGCGGUGUGCCGUAUGACUUUAUUGCAAAACUCGAAACAUUACAAAGUGAUGUUGAAUUCAUAUUUGAGAAGAAUAGAUUACAAGUCCCGUCAUUUUCAACGGACAGCUUUAAUAUGAGUUUAACUACAGAUGACAUACUUGAGGAAUAUUUCGAAACAAUUCCUGAACCAUUAAUUAAAAAGAUUUGGCAUAUAUUGAAAUAUGACUUUUUAAUGUUCGGAUACAAUUUACCGCACUGGUUUAAACUGAAACUGAAUUCCAGUUGA